GUGUUGCCCUCGUGGACGCAGAAACCAGAUAGCCGGAUUAUGCUGGAAUGGUUGAUCUGCUUCAGUAUGUUGAUCUCUCCAGAAACAUCCCCCUCAAUCAUCUUUAUGGCAGCAUCAUCCCCUUUGAAAGAACCCAGAUACACAGAUCCCUUUAUUCUGUUGGCUUCUGCGAAGAACCCUGUGGCUCCUUGCAAGUCCUCGAACUUGUACACCGUCAGUGAUUCAAUUGCAUUUCGAACGCCUUCAGAUGAGACAGUCCACGAUUUGCUCUCAGGCUGGGCCGUGAAUUCGGCGAGAUCAUUAGUCGGACUCUGA